GAUUCGUUUAUAUCAAUAAGAUUCGAUGAUAACAAUGGUAUGGGUGCAUGGGAGAAGGGGAAAUUAGAAUGCAAUGAUAAUCAAAAGAGUGUUGUGGAACAUGCAAAGCCACAAUGGCCGUCGAUGAGAUGGCGAAAACGGAUUGGUCACGUUUUCCAGCUCAUUACAUGGAAAAAGUCGAAUAGACAUGUUGUCAAAGGUAAUCAGUGGAUAAGAAACAUAACGAAGAGAAAGGCUAGCGAUUGAAUAUCAUCACCAAAGUAAAUUACAAAUACAUCUUGCCUAGUUUUUUGUAUUUCGAUUAUGUGUUGAUGGAAUUGUAAUGACUUCUUAACCAUGGUUUAUAUAUGUCUUUUACAAUAUUAUUAUUCUCUUAAAACUUUUUGAAAACACUUUGUAAAAUAUAAAAAUGUGAUAUUCUAGCCUCUAUCUAUGGGCAAGAUUUGGUACUUCUGUGUUUUAGGGAUUGUAUGCCAAAUUUUUACAAAAUAUUGUAAUCACGACUUUCUUUUCUA